AAACUUAUUCAUUGCGAUCUUCAUAGCGGUAACAUCCUGAAUCAUAUUACAUGCUACGGAAUUUUGUGGACCUGGAUUGCUGAUUUAGGACUAUGUUUGAAAGAGGAUGAUAUUGCGAAUCAAAAGACGAAUAAUAGCAUUUUUGGAAAAAUUGGGUAUAUGGCACCUGAAGUGCUUCGUCGAAAUUCAUAUUCAAAAGCUGCAGAUGUAUAUUCUUUUGGGAUAAUACUUUGGGAAUUAACAUCUUGUCGUAUGCCAUUCUCUGAUGUGAGACAAGACAUUCACCUCGUUUAUGAAAUUAUUGAAGGUAGAAGACCCAAAAUAGUUGAAGGUACACCACCUGCAUUUGCUAAACUUAUUCAAGAUUGUUGGAAUCCGGAUCCAAAUUUGCGGCCAACCAUGGAAGAAGUUCGUAAUAGAAUUUGGAAAUUUUCAAAUUCAAUGAUUAAAGGAAAUCGCAAAGAUGUAUUUGGAUUUAAAGCUGCAGAAGAAAAAAGAUGUUUAAGUUUAUUAACCAUAUCAAAACAAAUAUAUCCACAAGUCAUUCAUAGUCAACGGAUUUGGAAUGAAAGUCAUAUUCUAAGGUUACCAUUUCUCGUUAAAAAUGAUUUAAUUAAAUUCAAUGAUGAUGAUUGUAUUACUGAUACUCAUGGAUAUAGCUGCGCAAUUUCAAUUGAUCCUUCAAUUCCAUCAAUUUCAAUCACCUAUCCGAAUAGUGGUCUUAUGAAUGGCCGUUGUAUUCCAAAAUUUAAUGACUCAAACAUUGGUCAUAUUGUUUAUUAGUAUCGUUAUAUUUAACACACACAUCUAUAAUGUGUGACAAGUUAGGUCGAUCAUACUAUAAUACGUGCUGGCGAGAGUUCGAAAACACUUGGAUUUUUUGAAAGAUAUUAUUUGUCACCUGCACGUGACCUAACCUGUCACACAUUACAUAUGUGCAUAAG